AAUUAAUUUUCCUAGCGCGCGAUCUUGAAUGUCCAAUUUUCCACUAUAGCUUUCCCGCUACUUUUUUCUCAGCCCCCGAGCCAGUCAAACAAAAUUUUCUCGGGAAAGUGACUGUCAGUCACCCAUUCCCUUCGCGAUCGAACUCCAUGAACUCUCGCGAGCUCGCUCUGGUCUCCACGGCCACAGUUUUCGGCGCUUUAGCAUCCGCCCUCGCUUUCCGCUUCUUCCUCAGCCCUAAAAAGCAUUUUCCCCAUACCAAUCCCUCGCAGAACGGCGUCGUCUCCCAGAACCGCUCUUCUCGGAGCCCCUUCGAUCCCUCCAAGCGCACAGGAUAUUUGUCAUGGGAUGAUUAUUUUAUGGCAAUUGCAUUUUUAUCAGCUGAAAGAUCCAAAGACCCUAACAGGCAGGUGGGUGCAUGCUUAGUGAGUCAAAAUGGUGUUAUUCUCGGCAUUGGCUAUAAUGGAUUUCCAAGAGGCUGUUCUGAUGACAAGCUUCCUUGGGCAAAGAAAUCCAAAAGCGGGGAUCCUUUAGAGACAAAGUAUCCUUAUGUUUGUCAUGCUGAAGUCAAUGCUAUCCUAAACACAAAUCACGCUUCUGCUGCUGGUCAGAGGCUUUACGUGACAAUGUUUCCUUGCAAUGAAUGUGCCAAGAUAAUUAUUCAGGCGGGGGUAUCCGAAGUUAUAUAUUUUGUGGAGAAGAGGUUAAGUGAUUCAGACAUUAUAUAUGUUGCAUCUCACAAACUACUAUCAAUGGCCGGUGUAAAAGUCAGGAAACAUCAACCGCAGAUGAAUCAAAUUUUAAUCAAGUUUGAGGAGCCCUAGAUUUCAGUCUUCAUUCAAUAGUUUAGUCAAACCUGAUAAUUAUUUGUAUUACAUGUUAGUAAACUGAUCAACUAAGCUUGUUACUGGCUGGACCAACAUGUAUUUUAUUAAUUCUUCGUUCUUGACUGGUUGUGAUUGCUACAAAUUGGAUUUUGCUUCAA